AUGUUGAAGUCGGAUUCGAUGUAUCGCAGCAACGAGUUCCACGCCGAUCGGCGCGAGCCUCGAUUCCUUGGCCUCCACAACCUGGCAGACUCUGUCCUCGAGCGCACGCUCAACCCACCCCGACCAAAAGGCCGGGAAGCCAUACGCCGAGCAUUGAUCUGGGACCAGGUCGCGGAAGCCUUUCGCAAUGCGAUCGCUGGCAUCCCUUCAAAGUCAUACGUGGUCGUCUGCUCCAACAGCGGGCCCUACAACCCGGACUUUGAGGACAGGCAUCCCGCCGACUUCAUCCCAGAGGCUACUUGCGGGAUACUCUUGGUCGCAGGUUUCCGAGGGAGAGGGACUAACAUAAGCAAAGGCUGGAUCCAGGUCGCAGUCCCGUGCGAGGCCACCGACGGUCGGCUCUUCGCGAGCCUCAGGCUGAUGCCCUGCGUUGCUGGUCGACCUGACCUGGAGUUCAUGAUUACCAACUUGACCAACCGCAGCGUUGCCCCCGACAUGAUCAACCUCCCCAGAAAGCAUCGCCUGCCAUACGGAGCUGUCAUCAACAGCUGGCGACCCACAAAUCUGGGAAACCAGUACUUUUCCAUGGGAGGCAUUUGGGAGGCAGAGUACAGGAAAUUUCGGAAUUCCUUCGCCUGGGACGGCGAUCUCUACGGCCACGAUGAGGCGGUGUUAUAUACGCGUUCACCCAUAAUCAUCAUCUCGGACCUCAAGCCGGACCGCCGCUUCACGUACUUUCAACUGGAAACCGUUCUCCGGGGAGUCACUUGGCUGAGUUUAAAGGACUCGACGCUUCAAGGCAGCUUCAUAAGCGAGAUGCGAAGGGAGGACGCCAUCCGAUUUGAUCGGGAGGGGCUUCCUGUUGAACUGGUCUACAGGUUAUCAUCAAACCCGGGUAAAAUGGAGACUGCACGACGCCUUUGUCAAACGGCGUGA